AUGAGGCGCGGGGAGCGGAGGGGUCACGGAGGCGCCUCCGGCAAAGCCGCGUUGGAGGAAGGGCAGCCGCCGCCGCCGCCGCCCCCCGACUGCGCUUCUCUGCCGGUCGAAGAGGGGCCGCGGGGGGAUCCGCCGCCGGCGGCAGCUGCAGCAGCGCCCGACGCCGCUGUCGUCACACAUGGCGACCGGCGCAGCACUGAGUCCGAGGUGUACGACGACGGGACCAACACCUUCUUCUGGCAAGCUCACACUUUAACAGUCCUGUUUAUCCUUACCUGCACCCUGGGCUAUGUGACCUUGCUUGAAGAAACACCACAGGACACAACCUAUAACACAAAGAGAGGUAUUGUAGCCAGCAUUUUAGUUUUUUUGUGUUUUGGAGUCACUCAAGCAAAAGAUGGUCCAUUUUCAAGACCCCAUCCAGCUUACUGGAGGUUUUGGCUAUGCGUCAGUGUUGUCUAUGAGCUUUUCCUCAUUUUCAUACUUUUUCAGACUGUACAUGAUGGAAGACAGUUUAUGAAAUUUAUUGAUCCUAAUUUAGGAGUCCCUUUGCCUGAAAGAGACUAUGGUGGAAAUUGCCUUAUAUAUGACCCAAAUAAUAUAACAGAUGCCUUUCACAACAUUUGGGAUAAACUAGAUGGAUUUGUUCCUGCUCAUUUCCUUGGUUGGUACUUAAAGACGCUAAUGAUUCGGGAUUGGUGGAUGUGCAUGAUUAUCAGUGUAACGUUUGAGUUUCUGGAGUACAGUCUAGAACAUCAGCUUCCAAAUUUCAGUGAAUGCUGGUGGGAUCAUUGGAUUAUGGAUGUAAUCUUAUGUAAUGGACUUGGCAUUUACUGCGGAAUGAAGACUUUGGGGUGGCUUUCUUUGAAAACAUAUAAAUGGCAAGGACUUUGGAAUAUUCCCACAUAUAAAGGUAAAAUGAAGAGAAUUGCCUUUCAAUUCACACCAUACAGUUGGGUUAAAUUUGAGUGGAAGCCAGCAUCCAGCCUUCGCAGAUGGCUAGCAGUGUGUGGCAUUAUUUUUAUUUUUUUAUUGGCAGAGUUGAACACAUUUUACUUGAAAUUUGUCCUGUGGAUGCCUCCAGAACACUACUUGGUCCUGCUGCGACUUGUCUUUUAUGUGAAUGUGGGAGGAGUAGCUAUGAGAGAGAUCUAUGAUUUCAUGGACGAUCCGUAA